AUGUCUAGAAAAAAAAAAGUUUUUGGUGNAUAUUAUUACAUAAUCUAUGGAUACUACGCGGUUCCGGUGGCGCCACAUCCGACGGUCCGGUGUUACGGACGGGCGGCCACUUGGCAGAUGAGAUUCCCGGCGGCCGAGUGUCUAUACCAAACGCAUUACUCGGAGCGGAGCGUGGUGAGCAACAUCUAUCACUUCCUCCGGACAAAGGUGCCAAAGCUGCGGAAGGGCGACAACGGCGUGUGCGUGGUUAGCGGUUACAUGCUCAAGACACUGUUGUGGUUCCGGCUGGAGGCGUGCGGCCGGGUCGAGGACUGGGACCACCGGUGCGUGGCCGUGCACGUGCUGUCGGUGCUCGACGCGCUGGUGGCCGCGCUCAAGGCCCAGCACCACCGGUCGUACUUUUACCCCUACGCCAACGUCGUUCUGAACGCACCGCGGGCCUGUCGGACGAUAGUGCCCGAAGACGAUUACCAGAACGACGUGGAGAUCGUGGAGGCGUACAUGUACGGUCUGUUCGAGAAGUCCAUGGGCAGYGACUCGAUCGUCACCGGACAGGCGUUCCAGAACACGGACGCCGAUUACUGGCAGAACCUGGAGUCGGUCAUGUUGCACAAGUGGUACCGGGUGCUGGAUACCAUGGACCCGAAGCCCCGGAGGUUCGAUUACUCGAGGAAACAAGUGGAGUACAUCGGUGAAGUGUUUAAGGGGAUGUUGGCCACCAGGCACUGCGAAAUGUGUGCGGUAUUGCCGGAAGACAAACAAGGGCCGGUGCUGGACGACAUUCGAAAGAUCAGCAAAGAGAGACGGCGGCAACGAGGCGCGACACCCGCGAUGUUGACGUCUGCAACGGGUCGCCACGACCGGUCGCCGACCGACGGACUAAAUGGCAUCUACCGGUCUACAUCCGAACUGUCGUACGCCUGCGCCGCGGCCCCGACCACAGACGAAGGUGACGGCCACGGUGCAGGCGUCCUGUGGAAGGCCGACACGGGCACCCUGAUGGCCACGGUGCGUGCGGCCAGGCGCAGACAGUCAAUGUCCGCCACUGUCGUGUACAACCCGGCGUUCUACGACACGCCAGACUCGCCGCCCGUGGCCACUUCACCAGCCAUCAACCCGGCAGGUCAGCCGUAUCUACACAUGACACCCGAAAACGGGUUCAGUCUGCGUAGCCGGCAGCGGCCGUCACCGGAUCCGGACGCUCAGUGAUGGUGCAGUGACAUCGGCGGCCAAUGUUGCACCGACGCUCCGACAACUUACCUACACUGAUUAUUAUAAUCAUAUUGGUGACCCGGGCUGUUUUAAAUGUCGCUGAAUUUUUUUCGAUUCAUUCAACACGUUUUGUGAAAUUCCAUUGGUUGACAUGACUAUACGAAUGAUCACAUUGUUCGCGAUUUCUAAACAACAGAUCUUAAGAUCUUACAAUCUUAAGUUGCUAUUUCGAUCCUCCCUUUUACAAUAAACAACGACAAAGCACAUUAAGGAACAAUUGAAUUGCGACCCGACAAAUUAUUAAUACUUUGAAUUUACGGUUAAUUUAUCAUUAAUAUACAUAUAUUUUUUUAAAUAGCAGUAUAAAUUAUAAUAUUACAUUAUUGACAGUGUUAUCAAAUUCAUGAACAUUUGUAUUAUUCAACAGAAAUUACGUAAUUAACAGUGUUUAAUUUCAGUGUAACCUGAAUAUGUAAUUAAAGUUAUUUUAAAAUAAUAAAAUUACGUAGUAUAAAAAAAAAAGCCAGGUCCCAGGUGUAUGUCUCGAUUGGUGAUAUAACUAGGUACUCCAUGAAAAAUAUAUUUUUAUGUUAGUAGUUAAUACUACUUUAUACUUCUUUUUUUGUAUAAAACGAAAAAAAAACGAUGACAAAAUUUCUAAAGAGAAUUGAUUUUUGAAUGUUCAUAAAAAUGUUAUUUUCCCUCAUAUGGCAUUUAAACAUUUAUAAAAUCCAUAUAUCUUACAACCGUAGGUAUAUGUAAUAACAUUGAUAAUGUCCCAUACCCGAAUAUUUUGUUCUUUAGGUAGGUAUAAAUACAUAAUUAACAAUUUAAUUAACUAUGAUUAAAUUUAKGUUCACAAUUCUAUCAAUAUGUGACUAUGAAUUAUAUUUUAAUAAUCAUCAUAAUUAUUUAUGCAAAUAAUUUAUACACCUAUAAUUAAUUUUGUAGUCACAUGUUAACCCUCAACCGUGCAACGCGUCAACGCAUACUAACUCCUUGAUAUAAUUGAAUGAUUGGACAUGAACAUCAUAGAAACCUUUUAUGUUCAUUGUAUAGGUAUCUAAUGAGAGAUGAUAUACGGUAGCCUAUAAGAACAGCGGCUUAGUCAAGGUCAUGARUUUGAAUUUCACACUUACAACCAUAUUUUUUUCGUCCAAUUUAUAAAAAAUCUCCAUGACAAUAAUAACUAGAAUUCAGA